CAGAAGAGGAUAGCUGGACAAAAUGGCGGAUGGAAAAGCAUCAAGAUGGACCCAUUUUCCCUUUAAACAGGUUGCGGUGGUGGGCGGACUCUUGUUCUCGGAGGACUUUGGCGGUAGUGUCAUCUAUCCCAUCCUGCCUUUCCUGACUCAUGACUUCUACUCGUACCUUAAGAGCAAUCAGCUGGGAUACCACGCUGGUUUCCUGACGAGUGGACAUUAUUUAGGAGCAUUUCUGGGAAGUUUGAUGUGGGGCAAGUUAGCUGACAGGUUUGGACGAAGACCAACUCUCCUGGCUGGAAGUCUAAUGAUGGUGUUCAUACUUCUGGUGUUUGGCUUCAGGUAA